AUGUCGGCCGAGAUUCCACCCCAAGGUGCCGCUCCCGCCUAUGACGAGGCGGAAAAGGGCGCGCUAGACGUGCAAAUUCGACCGGUAGAAGUGACCUUCAAGGAUGAAAAAAAGGAUCUCGUAGUUACCCAAGUUGUGCCGGUUACUCCAACGCCUAAGAAGGAGUCAACACCGCCAGCGAAGGCACCCGGUAAGCCGGCCAAGCGCAAGGUAUCUAAAUGGAUACUCUGGCAAUUGUGGUACAAUACCUACCGAAAACUAUUCACGAUCUCAUUUUCGAUCAACAUGAUCAUGUUCGGUUUCGCUGUUUCUGGUCAUUGGCCGUAUGCGAAGAAGUAUGGCGGUGCCAUGGCAGUAGCAAACUUCAAUUUCUCUAUCUUGAUGCGGAACGAAAUUUUUGGACGACUUCUCUACCUCUUUGUCAAUACACUGUUCGCGAAGUGGACUCCUAUGAUCUGGCGGCUUGGGUGUACAUCUGUCCUGCAGCAUCUCGGUGGUAUCCACUCAGGGUGUGCCAUCUCGGGUCUGGUCUGGCUGACCCUCCGAGUCGUCGAUGUCUACCGCGACUACAUGAACUAUCACGUAUCCAUCCUGGUCUUCGGUAUUUUAUGUAACGUGACUUUGGUUGUCACCGCUAUCGCUGGUUUCCCUUGGGUUCGCAACACUCACCAUAACGUCUUCGAGAGAUGGCAUCGGUUCAUGGGCUGGACAGGUCUAUUCAUGUCCUGGCUCUUCGUCAUCCUAUCCGAUCUCUACAACACGGAGACGCAUCAGUGGAACUUCACCGGUCCUCACCUAAUCCGGCAACAAGACUUCUGGUACGUGAUGGGCAUGACACUGUUCAUUGUCCUUCCGUGGAUUUGUACGCGGAGAGUCCCCAUCGACAUCGAGCUGCCCUCAAACAAGGUGGCCGUACUCCGGUUCCAGCGUGGCAUGCAGCAAGGGUUGCUUGGCCGGGUUAGUCGUAGUGCCGUGAUGGAGUACCACGCAUUCGGUAUCAUUUCAGAAGGGCCGCACGCCAAGUAUCACUACAUGGUUUGCGGUGUGCAAGGUGACUUCACCCGCAGCCUGGUCAAUGACCCACCGAAGACGAUCUGGACUCGCGAGCUGAAGUUGGCUGGUGUCUCGAACACGUCGGCAUUGUACAAGCGUGGCAUUCGGAUCUGCACUGGUACCGGUAUUGGUGCUGCACUUGCGACAUGCAUCCAGUCUCCCUAUUGGUAUCUCAUCUGGAUUGGUUCUGACCAGGAGAAGACCUUCGGUCCCACGAUCAGCGGUCUGAUUCGUCGCAACAUCGAGCCUGAGCGCUACCUGUUGUGGGACAGCAAGGUCCGUGGAGGACGGCCGGACACCAGGAAGAUCUUGAAGGAGGUGUAUCACUCUUGGAAAGCCGACGUCGUCUUCAUCACGUCCAACAUGAUUGGAAACUCGGAGAUGAUGCAGGCGUGCAAAGAAGAGAAAAUCCCAUGCUUUGGCACUCUAUGGGAUUUCCCCCCCAACACUCGCUUUAUUCUCCAGCCUGUCUUUGCCUUCAUGAAUCAACAAAGGGGGGAUGACCUAGACGACGACUUUGUCCCAGACGACCUCGUAGCAAUGUCGGACGACGAAGGCGUCCCACAAGCCGGCGAUGCGGAAGACAUCGGCAGCCUGCUCAGCGUAGAUGAGAAUGAAGUGGAAGGAAAGGCACAACCAAGCAUGUCCACCCCCGCGAGUGCGAAGAAACGGAAGCGCAGGGCAAAAGAAAAGGAGCGCAAGGCAAAGAAGCGAAAACUCGCAGAGACUCUCGAGCCCGUAGAGGGGCCCUCUGUCGCAACGCAGCCUCUAGUUGCGCUUUCAGAUUACAUAUCGUCAGUGCAGACAAAGACGUUCUCCAAGAUGUCCGCCAUUGAACUCACAGACGUUCAAAUACCCGAGGGUUCGAUAGCGGACACGAGCCAAUGGUCUGGUUCUCGGAACCUGAACCAGCUGGUGGACUUCAUCACAAACAUGCUUCCAACACUGAAGACUCGGUUUGCCCAGAGACCUAAGUCCACCGGCUCACCGACUUUGAUAUUCGUCGCUGGGGCGGCUUUGCGGGUCGCAGACGUCACUCGUAUCCUCAAAGACAAGCGGCUCCGAGGGGAAAAGGGCGGCGACGUCGCGAAGCUGUUCGCCAGGCACAUCAAGCUCGACGAGCACGUUGCCUAUCUCAGACAGACGAAAAUCGCCGCGGCAGUGGGUACGCCGGGCAGAUUAGGCAAGCUGCUCUGUGACACAGAGGCACUGUCCACCUCAGCGUUGACACAUAUUAUUCUCGAUGUUUCCUAUCGAGAUACGAAAAAGCGCAAUCUGUUGGACAUUCCGGAGACACGAGAUGAGGUGUUCAAGACAGUGCUAGGUACUCCCAAGGUUCUGCAGGGGCUAAAGGAGGGCAAGAUACAGCUGGUGUUGCUCUGA